UCUUCUUCCUCUUCUUCUUCCCUCCUCGCAUUCCUCUCUCUCGUCUUGCUCCUCUCUCCAUGGCUGAGAGUCUCCUCUGCCUCUGAUCACCACACCUUUCUCCAAUGUCUAACCACACACGCACAGCAUCAGUCCCCCAUUUCUGACGCCAUUUUCACCCCCGACAACUCUACCUUCUUACCAACCCUCAAUUCUUACAUCAGAAACAGCAGAUUUCUCACCCCCGAAACCCCUAAACCCCUACUCAUUGUCGCAGCAAAGCUCAAAUCUCACGUCCAAUCAACCGUCGUCUGCGCCAAACAGGCCGGCUUAGAGAUCAGAAUCCGCAGUGGGGGCCAUGAUUAUGAAGGCCUCUCUUAUAUCUCCCAUCAUCCCUUCGUCAUCCUCGACCUCUUCAACCUUCGAGCCAUCACUGUCGAUAUUGCCAGUGAAACUGCCACGGUGGAAGCAGGGGCCACCAUGGGGGAGCUUUACCACGCCAUUGCUAGCAAGAGCAAAGUCCAUGCCUUCCCUGGAGGAGUCUGCCCAACGCUGGGUGCUGGUGGACACAUUUCAGGAGGUGGGUAUGGGACUUUGAUGAGGAAAUUUGGGCUCUCCGUCGACAACGUUUUGGAUGCAGAGAUUGUGAAUGUUGAAGGGGAGAUCCUAAACAAACAACAAAUGGGGGAAGAUUUGUUCUGGGCCAUUAGAGGAGGAGGAGGAGGGAGCUUUGGAGUCAUUCUCUCAUGGAAGAUAAAAUUAGUUAAAGUCCCAGAAACGGUGACGGUCUUUGAAGUUGAGAGACUGAUUGAAGAAGAAGCAACGGACAUCUUCUUGCAGUGGCAGGGAGUCACAGAUAAGCUUGAUGAGAAUCUGUACAUAAGACUGAUGCUAAACUCCGCCAAGGGGAAAGAUGGGCUGAAAACAGGGAAAGUUUCAUUGGUGGCGCUGUUUCUAGGGCCAGCAAACACGCUCAUGGAGAUUAUCAAUCAGCACAUACCCAGUUUGAAAUUGCAGAAGGAGGAUUGCACUGAAAUGAGUUGGAUUCAAUCGGUUCUGUUCUGGGCAAAUUUCCCAAAAGGGUCAACCUCAGAAGCUCUGUUGGACAGAGCAGUCCGACCCAAUACUUUUCUGAAACGGAAAUCGGACUACGUGAGGGAACCCAUUACAGAGUCGGGGUUGGACGCGAUAUGGAAGGCGGUGAUGGAAACAGAACGAGUGGGUAUCGUGUGCAACCCAUACGGAGGCAAAAUGGGCCAGAUUUCAGAGACGGAGACGCCAUUUCCACACAGAGCUGGCGUGAAAUUCAAAAUCCAGCACUCCACCACCUGGAAGGAAGAAGGGGAAAAAGAAGCGAAUGAACGCUUAAACAUGAUUAACAAAUUGUACGAAGCAAUGACUCCUUACGUGACCAAGAAUCCGAGGGAAGCGUAUCUGAAUUACAGAGACAUUGACGUGGGAACUAGCACGCAUUGGAACGUGGGAGAAGGAAAGGUUUAUGGGGAGAGGUAUUUCAAACAGAAUUUUGAAAGAUUGGUGGACGUGAAGACCAAGGUUGAUCCACAGAAUUUCUUCAGGAAUGAACAGAGUAUCCCCACCCGUUGAUCUCUCCUCAGUCAACGAAGAUGAAGCAUGUCGACUAUGAUAUGUUUUGAUAUAAUAUCUGAAAAAUAAUAAGUGAUUGUAGCCGUCACUUUGAACGAAUGGUUAUUAUACUCACAUUGGUUAUCUAUGAAAUCAAAAGCCUUCUAAUUACUUUCUUCAUAGACUUGUUUACUUUUUAAAAUUACGUACAAAAAUAACUUGAUUAGCCGUACAACUUAACCUUCAACAGAGGUAUUAACUGUUUUACUCAACCUUGGAAGUAAUAGGAAGAACCAACAACCAAUGGUCAAUGAGAAUGCCUUUUUUUCAUCGUUUUCCUCCCCACGCCACUUCAAUUUUAGCUCAUCCUCGGUCGCCCAUGGUGAUUCCUACUUCAUUAUUAAUCCCAAUCCUUACAACCCUUCUCCUCAUUCUCCCUUCAAUGGCGGCGGCUUCUCAUCACAACACCCUUCUCAGCUGCCUUUCCGACCAUUCUUCGCCAUCAGCUUCCCCAAUCUCCGAAGUUACCUUCUUCCCGACAACCCAUCUUACUCCCCUGUCUUGAACUCUUACAUCAGGAAUCUAAGGUUCGCCUCCCCCACUACCCCUAAGCCCUUGUUCAUCGUCGCCCCGACCCAUGUCUCCCACAUUCAAGCCUCCAUUCUCUGUUGCAGAAUCCACGCCCUAGAACUCAGAAUCCGAAGUGGUGGCCAUGAUUACGACGGCCUCUCUUAUGUCUCCGAUUCCCCUUUUGUGAUCCUCGAUAUGUUCAACCUUCGAUCUGUAGCUGUCGACAUUGAGGACGAGAGUGCGUGGGUGGACUCGGGAGCAACCCUCGGCGAAGUUUACUUCAAAAUUGCAGAGAAGAGCAAGAUCCACGGAUUCCCAGCUGGGGUUUGCCCCACGGUUGGAGUUGGAGGCCAUCUCAGCGGCGCCGGAUACGGUAAUUUGAUGAGGAAAUUUGGGGUUUCUGUGGACAAUGUAGUUGAUGCUCUGAUUGUUGAUUCUAAUGGUAGGGUUUUAGAUAGGGAAUCAAUGGGGGAAGAUCUGUUUUGGGCAAUUAGAGGAGGAGGUGGAGCUAGUUUUGGUGUCAUAGUUUCAUGGAAGUUUAAGCUUGUUCCUUUACCUGAAACUGUCUCAGUUUUUAGAAUAGAGAAAACCAUGGAGGAAGGUGCUGUAGAUAUGUUGUACAAAUGGCAGGAAGUUGCUGACAAAAUUGAUGAAAAUCUGUUCAUAAGAGUGGUGAUUCUUCCUGUAAAUAAAAAAACCCAAAAGACAGCAAAAGCCAAGUUCAUCUCCUUGUUCCUAGGAAGUGCCCAGAAGCUGUUUUCCUCAAUGUCUGAAACACUUCCAGAAUUGGGUGUGAAGGCCGAGGAUUGUCUAGAAAUGAGCUGGAUCGAGUCUGUUCUGUUCUGGUCCAACUACCCCAUUGGGACUCCUCUCAAUGUGUUGCUCGAAAGGCAACCCAACUCCGAAAAGUUCUUGAAGAAGAAAUCGGACUACGUUCAAGAGCCAAUCUCCAAGGCAGAUCUGGAAGGAAUGCUGAGGAAAAUGAUGGAACUGAAAAGACCAGCGCUGACCUUCAACCCAUACGGUGGGAAAAUGAGUGAAAUUGCAGAGAGGGAAACCCCAUUCCCACACAGAGCAGGGAACAAAUACAAAAUACAGUACUCAGUGACAUGGAAAGAAGAAGGCGAGGAGGCUGCAGACAAAUACGUGGGGCUGAUCAGAGAGCUUUACGAGUACAUGACACCCUAUGUUUCAAAAUCGCCUAGAAGUGCUUAUUUGAACUACAGAGACGUGGAUUUGGGCGUACGCAAGCUAUUAGGAGGCGAGCCACUGGGGAAGAAAGUAUUUCAAGGGAAACUUUGACAGAAUGGUGGAGGUGAAGACCAUGGUGGAUCCGGGCAACUUCUUCAGAGAUGAACAGAGCAUUCCAUCUGUUGCAGCAGCCUUUGAUUCUAAUGGCAGAGCUGAGAGCCUUUGAUGUGUGAAUAUCUGCUUGGCUGAGUGAUCCAUCUUCUACUACACUAAAAUGCAAAAACGUCCCUUUUCCUUUCUUCUGGGGGUUCGUUCCUAUAUUAUCUCAGGGAUUUGAGCAAUUAAGCUUAAUUAUCCCAUUAGUUGCCUUAGCUAUGUGGUAACUAGAUUUUGUAAGUUCGUAUAAAUAAUAGGGAUUUAGUUCACUGCAGAUCGGGCAAA